AUGUCACUGCGGUUCCAGAGCUUCCAGCCUAGCUGGUACAGUUUCCUAGCGGUCACCACACUUCUUGCUUGGCUCCUGGGCGUGGUUUUCGGAAACUUGAACUAUGCGGCGACCACCGAUCCGUUUUCGCAGUAUGUCAACAUGGACGUCCUCCCCGAGGUGAGCCCUGCGCAAUGGGAUGGUGAAGCGGCUAUGUCAGUGGGUCGCGUGUACUUCGGCAAGGAAUCCACGCUGGAUGUCAGGAGAUCCAUGGCCUUUAAGAACGUGGACACCUACUGCGUUGCUCCAGUAUCCGUUUUGCAAGGCGGCGUGGUCCUUCCCCUGGAGACCUAUGAUUUCUGGGCCAUUGGCAUGGACUGCUGCUCCGUUAAUGCAGCAGACUUCCAUUGCGGUGAAGUUGGGAAUUCGAAGGCUCACAGCGGCCUUCGGCUACUGGACGAUCGGCAGCGCAGCUUCUACCGACUUGCCGUGGAGCAGGCAGAGGCAGCUUACUUCAUCAAGGCGCGACAUCCAGUCUUCUUUUACUGGGUGGAAGAUGCCACGGCAGAGAUGGACUCCUUCCGCAACGAUGGUUACAAGUACUUUCUGAUCGGCAUGCUGAGCCAUUUCCUCUACCAGUUGCUCUGCGUCCUCUUGGCCAUCGCUGCUUUCUCCAAGUGGGGACUGCGGCUCGACCCUCUAUUAUGCAGUGGACAUGCCGACGGCACGGAGGCCAGCGCACGGGCUGGGUACAUGGCACUAUGUCUCGGCAGGCGGUGCGCCACCGACUUCCGCGACGGCAAGGACACGUGGCGAUGGAGGACUCCUGCUGUAGACCCGGGCUCCACUACAAAUCCUUUAGCAAGGCCUGGCACCGGCAACCGCCGCGGAGACGACAACGCUAAGGACCGGACGACGAAGACGGCGACGAAGCCUCCGAGCAGCCGGAGUCGGAAGCACUUCCUCGAUGCCUUCAUGAUCCGUGGGCGCGGCCGGCUCCUGAACAUCGUCCUCCACCACGCCUACCUGUUGCACCACGAGCUCACGGCGGCGCUAAUCCUCGACCGCCUGGAGAAGACGAUCCACCCGAGAGACGGCACGCCAAGGCACACCAGGCGGCGCGCCGCCGCAGCCGCCAGCCUGGCGAUAGCAUGGUACAUGCCGCGGAGAGAGGCAGCCUUGCUUCUUUACACCAGCCUGACCGGAGAAUCCGAAGCCGAGCUCGAACACGCCGUGCCCAAGCGCAAGUACUUGGCAGAUCUCGAGGAGCUGAACCGGUACCCGGGUGAGGGCUUCGCACCUUCAGAUAGGACCUUGGAGUACCAGGAGAGAGCCUGGGACUUGUACCACGGAAGAUCCACGGAAGAGAAGACCCUGGAGAACAUCGCCGCGGAAGCCCCCGUGAAGGUGAACGAGCUGUUCCUCGGCUCCUUCUACAGCAGCACCGUAUGGCGCCAGCAGGGCGAAACGAUGCAGCAGUACAUUGUGAGAAGAGAGCAAGACUUCAAAAGGCUGGAGCUGAGGAUGUGCUUCCUUCUGCACAGGAGGAGAUGGCGAUCCUGGCACGACUACGACUUCAAGAACAUCGGGCCGCGGUCGACCCCGAAGAGAAAUGGCAAGACGCGCAGCUUUGGCUACGCCGCCGCAGAGGAGGACUACGACACCACCGAGGACCCUGAAGCCUAUGUCGCGGACUACCACGAGCACUAUGACGACGUGCCGGAGGCCCCGCGCUCGCAGGCCUACCCCUUCAAGGCCCAAGGCGAGAUCGGUUUCGAGCAAAAGGCGAGAUGCCAAGAAGAACUUCCAGAAGCAGGGCAAGGGAGCGAAGCGCCAAACAAGAAGCCACUGGCCUCCUUUUACGUCCUUCAGGAAGCGGUCGACGGCAGGAGCAGUUCUUCACGGCCGGCGCUACGGGAGGACAGCCGGCAACGCCUGCUCACUUGGAGCCGCCGUCGGGCACACUCUUCGACCAACACGGACCUCGAGCAUGCUUCCUACAAUGGUGGCCACGAAAAGAAGUUCUACCGGUCCGGAAAUGCACACACGAGGGGCGUGCGCUGCAAGGACGACCUGUGCCCUCCGAAGGUCGAGUUGCCCAUUUUUCCAGAGCUCGGCCCCGAAGAUGCCGACAUCCUGGUGCCGUUGCCCUAUGACAGGCGUACCGCUUUGAGGCUAGGCGAGUUUCAAAACGGAAGCGAGCCACCUCCAGAAGAACCUCGGAGGAUCAACGGCAUCGACCCGGGGUCCAUGGGCCUCACCUGGACCAAAUCCUCCGCGACUACAAUGGCGUGGCUGUUCUCGAGGGCUGGCAGCCAGAUGAUUGUCAGGAUCACCAAGACGAUCCUGCUUUGUGGCGUGCCGAGGUAUGACGGCGAAGACUUCCUCAGCCGGCAGGUUGUUCAAGGAAAGGUCAGGGUCAGCAAGCAGCCUCCUUGUGGAAAGACCUGGAUGAAACAGCUUUUCGCUGCCCACACAGAACUCAGUAUACUCUGCGUCCUGGCUGGGAUGGCUAUCGGUGUCCCCUUGGACAUCACGGGCACCGGCUGGAACCCCACCACGAGGGCAGGACUGCAGCAAGUCCACAACGACCUGAAGAAGGAGGACCCCUACCAAAUCGUGAUCACUGCCUCCUUCUGCGACCUCAGCCAGCCGGCCAUGAUUACAAGCAGCAGUUCGGCUACAAGGUCUCCCCUCUCCUUGGUCAACAAGGUGGAACUUUACGAGUCGGGUGCGAUAGUGGCCGUGGACACCGACCAUCUACACGGCCAGCCGACCGCAACGAUACUCACUACAAUGCUGGUUGCCGAAGGAAUGCUGAGUGACACUGGGGAUAAGGCUGUCUACGAUACUUUGGUGCAACAGGCCUUGGUCGAGGCGACAGCCACCGACAACAUCGAGGUCGUGCUCGCGGACCAGUUCAACGCGCCGCCUGUCUACAUACGGCCUGACCUGCAAGUGCAAGCGCCGCAGCCGAUCGACGAUGGCCGCGCAGCUGGAGCCAGUCCUCAGCAUCACAGAGAGCGAGAGAAGAAGGAACUGGCUAAAGGCAACACCGGAGAUCCGCAAGACACCCGCCGAAGCGAACGAGACUUCCCAGCAAAGCACCAUCUCCAGCUGGACACCUUCUACGCCAAGGACAUUCAGUCCAUCCUGUACUCCUUCCUCAAUAUAAUCGACGAGGCCACCGGAUUCCAAGUUGUCUCGGCCAGGCAAUCGGUCCCCCAGGCAAGCGGCGCCAUUCUGAAGCACUUCCUUUUUAGUUGGAGCAGCUGGGCCGGGCUACCACAGAGCAUCCAGGUCGACCUCGGCAAGGAGUACAUGGCUGAUUUCGCGAACUACCUGAAGGAGAUCUUUGUCAAGACGGUCCACGACAUGCAGAUUUCCGGGCUGAAGGACGCCCAGAUGGCCACCGGCAUCGUGACUCAGUGCCGGAACUAUUUUCCAAGAACGUCUGGGUACUCACCCAUCCAGUGGGUACUUGGCGUGCCGCAGACCCGCCUUCCGGGGUCUCUCUUGGACGACGCCGAAACGGAGAGACUUGAAGUGCUAGAGGUAGCGGAGGACCCCACAAGCGCAAUGGCGAGAAGCCUUGGCAUCCGUGAAGCAGCCAAGGUUGCCCAAAUCAGGGCCGACACAGACGACAGAGUGCGAAGGGCGCUCCUGAGAAAGAGCACCCCAACAGGAGCGUCGCGCACCUACCGUUGGCACGGCUGUGCUGGCGUGAUCGGCGUGGAGCUUCCGAACCAGCGCCGGACAGAAUACCCAGAGCCAGCCACCGACGGAGAUGAGCUUCUAGCUGCCCACUCAGUGCCGCAGGGGGCCCUGGAGCCACCUUACGCCAGAGGUGCCCACAACUUUGCGGCCCCUGCGACGAUCAUCAAUACGAGCUCCGAGCCCACAGAGCAGCCGGAACAACCGCAGGGAGAACCGCAACAAGUACAGCCACAACUUCCCGAGAUUGUGUUAGCUCCGGCAGCUGCGCCCUCACAGGCACCACCUGCUGUCCGGUCGCCUGUCUUCAAUGACCUCAACCGCUUGGACGGCUACCAUCCUGUGAGAAGGGCAAGGACGGGUGAUGCACAGGGACCACCAGAUGAUAGACCCUACUUUGUGGAAUCUGACCUGUGGCAUCACCCCGACCUUCCACAACGACUUCUUGAAAGAAGCCUUCAAACGCUUGCUGUGGAGAAUGGUUACCUGAGCGAGACAACGGAGGAUGAGGAGGAGUACGUUUUCCCCGAAAAAUGCCCCGCGGAGACCUUCAUGACGGGACCGCAAGGAGUGGAACUCGUGGCGAAAGUUCGGUGCAGUGGAAGUGGAAAGGCUCUCGGAGGAGCAGGUGAAGCAGAGUUCCCCUUCGAGGCCAAGAGCCGGUUGGUUGUGCAAGGGUGCCAGGAGGACCCACAUGAUAUAAGAUCCGACUCUCCUACCGCAUCACUCCUUGCCUUCAACCUCGUGUGCUCCAUUGCCACCAUGAUGGGCUGGGUGAUCACAGCCUGUGACGCCUCAACAGCCUACCUGCAGUCGCACGGCAUAAGCCGCCUCCUGCUGUUACGAGCUCCUCGGCCUCCACCUCCUGGCGUGAGCCCCUUCGACCUCUUUCGGGCAAGAGGUUCCAUCUAUGGAACAAAGGACGCUGGAAGGGCAUGGUGGAGAAAGCUCUGGAGAACCUUGAAGAAACACGGGUGGCAGAUGUCAGAGGUCGAGGCGGCGCUCUUCUACCUCUUCGACGGCAUGGGGCUCCUCGGCGUGAUGAUCAGCCACGUCGAUGACCUCUACAGCGGAGGGGAAGGCAAAACGUACAACGACACCAUCUCUGAGAUGGAGGUGGAACUUCACUUGAAGAUCAAGAAGGGCGAGUUCAGGUUCUGCGGCAAAAACGUUGCACAGCGCGAAGGGUGCAUCUUCCUGGAACAAUACGACGCCAUAGAAGGAGUGGACUAUAUGGUCUUGGAAGCCAGCCGCAGAAAGCAAUUAAACGCCCCGCUGAGUGAGCAAGAGAAGUCCCUGUUCCGCGGCUUGAUAGGCCAAAUGGGAUGGAUCACUCGGCAAAAAGCCGUGAAGAUGCUGAAGGAAUCAUCCGAUGCGAUGUGGUGCUUCCGCGCAUCGGACCUCAGCCUCGACAAUGCCAUGGUGUUCUGGAAGUCCCAGACCGGGUACUUGAUCGGCUUCACCACGCCGGAGAUCCACGAAGGAAAGAAGGUGCCGAUCCAUGUCAUCGAGACGCACUCCGGAAGCAUAAAGCGGGUAUGCAGAUCAACGCUGGCAGCCGAGGCGAAUGGCUUCUUGGCCGGUGUGGAAGCAGCCGAGUACUUGAGGGCUUUGUUGAUGGAGGUCAGGUUCCCGAACAUCUCCCUACGAGACCUCGAGAACCACUUCCUCAAGGCCAAGAUCGCCUGCUUCACGGACGCCAAGAUCCUUGUCGCACAGGUGAAAGAACUACUUGGAGAAGACGAGUACGAGGACCAGGGCUCCGCUUUCGCCCAUUGGGUGGAUACGAGCCAGAUGCUGGCUGAUGUCCUGGCUGAGCAGGGGUGUGAACGAGGGCCGUUGCUUGAGGCCUUGUACAGCGGAGAGUGGAUGGCAGUCUGCAUGGACGUGGGCGCCGCAAUGCGUGUGGCUUCGAACAGGACCAACAGCUUGCUCGCAUUCGCAGAGUCAAAGCUCGAGCGACGGAAGCCACUGAUGCCGCUCGCUCGCGCCGGCUUCAACUUCCCUCCAGGCUUGGCUAUUGGCUCUCGCAUUAGCGAAGACGCUCUGUGCUCUCGCCAGGGCGGUGGGAUGACGAGAAGGUCUUGGGAAGACUUGGACUUGGAAGUUUUCUCGGAGGAGCAGCUGAAGGAGACCUGCCUUCGACUCGAGGGCCGCGUGCGGAUGCUCCGAAGCUUCCUGGCAGACCUGCAUCGCGAGAACGCCACCCUGCGAAGGCAGCGGGCCAUGCUCAGCGACCGUUUAGGAGAGAUGGAGGACUCCUUAUGUGCCGCCGCAGCAGCGGCCUCUGGAGACGAUGGAGAGGAGCUUCUUGAGCAAAGUCCUGACGGAGAGCUUUCUUAUUGGGCUUUGGGGCCCCUUCAGCAUGCCGAAGGGGGCGACUGCAUAGACUGGGGCGGCGCCGGCCCGCGGCAGCAGCGGCUUCUUGCGGUGCAAAGGCUCUCGGAGUCUUCCGCGGAGGCGAAGACCCAGGAGCUCGAGCUACGGCGAUGCCAGGCGCAGGAGGAGCAACUGCGGAUGGAGGUCUGUGAGCAUCAGCUCAGCCGGGCGCAGAUGGAGCAGGACUCCGCAGACCGUCUGCAGCGUCUCACAGCGCGGGAGGAGCUCGAGCUACGGCGAUGCCAGGAGCAGGAGGGGCAACUGCGGGUGGAGGCAGGGAUUGGGAGGGCGACAGACGCAGAUGCCAAAGGUCAGCUGGUGUACAGGUUUCACCGCAUAAUAGCUCUUUGUUUUCUCCUCUGCUGCAGUUCGAUCUGCCAGAGUGCAGCCGUCGCUGCCUUUAGCUGGGCCGACGGCCAAUCCUCUUUUAGCGUAAGACCCCGUGGUGGAGGGGCGGCUCCGGAAUAUCUUUUUCAUUUUGGUGGGAAGGAGGAGCAGAGGCGCAGAGAGCAGAGGGCCUUUGAGAGAGGAGGCCGGGAGGAGCAAAGUGCUGGCGCCGGGUUUUCACUGGGCGCUGGCUUCUUCGGAAGUGGUAUCAUGCAGGCGAAUGGUGGUGAUGGAAGUGGGCUGCCAGAUGGGCAGCCACAGCAGCAGGGAGCUGCGCCGAGCCAGGCUUCGGCAGCCGGCGCGGCACAGCCGAACCAGCAACAACAGGCGGAGCAGUUCGUUGACAAGAUCGUCAAGCAGAGGCUGGACCAGGCUUUUUCAAGUGUGUUUGGGAAGCUGAUUGAGUCUUCCGAGCGCGCGGCAAAGGCGGCCGAGCAGCAAGCAGGAACGCAGAGGACAGACAAUUUGAUCAGGAGCCUCAAGGUGGACACCUGGAAGCCGCAAAGCCGCGAGGAGGAGUUGAGGACGUGGCGUGAGUGGUGGUUCGGGUUGAGCAACUGCUUGAUUGCAAACGACGCCGCCUACGAGGACGACUUGAAGAACAUUGACCAGGAGACCGAGGUGGACCACGCCCUCUUGCCGGACGAGAUGGUGCAAAGGAGCCAGAAGCUGUAUGGGUUGUUGUGCAGCCUUCUCAAGGGGAGGCCUUUGCUCCUUGUUCGGGGGCUGGAGAAAACCAAGUCUGGGUACGAGGCGGUGCGGCUGCUGAGGUCAGAGAUGGAGCCGCGUGAGAAAGCCCGCUCUUUGGCCCUUCUCCGGCAACUUGCCAGCUGGAGGUUCGAUGGGCCAGGCGGGUUACACGAGAAGCUCAUACAGUAUGAGGAGGCGCUCCGUGCCUACGAGACGGCGUCCGGCAAGGAGUUCCCGAAAGACCUUGUGCUGGCGACGGUGCUGACGGGACUCAGAGAACCACUUCGGUCCCAGGUUCAGCUGAGGAUGGGGCCAACCACGGCCUACAGCGAGCUGAGGGAAUGGAUCCUUCAAUACGAGUCGUUGAACACGCCAUGGGGGACGGCAGCCCCAGGCCAGCCAAAAGGAGGUGGAGGCGGAGGCCGCCAAUAUGACGAUGGUGGGCAGCAGCCAAUGGAAGUGGACCGCAUAUGGGGCGGCUACGGCUAUGGCAAGGGCAAGGCGAAGGACGGCAAAAGCAAGACCAAGGCUCGAUGGAACCAGUGGGCGAGCGCUGGCUGGAAUGAUCCCGAAGGCUGCCGCAUUUGCGGGCAGCGUGGGCACUGGAAGUGGGAGUGUCCUUUGGCAGCAAAGGGCAAGGGAGCAAAAGGCCCGAAGGGGAAGGUCCAUCAAGUGGAGCAGGUUCCUUCCUCAGCUGCGUCAGUUGCCCCGUCGACGGCCUCGACUACGCUUCCGUCUUCUGCCUCGACUUAUCGGGGCACGGCCGCCACGGUCAACUUGGUGGAGGCCUUCGUCUCGACUCCCCCGGGGUGCCGCGUGACCGAAGUCUUCGACAUAACCGAGAUCGAUGAGACCGGAGCACCCGUGUACCGGAUGGACGCCACCGAUGACGAUGAUGAUUGGACCCUGGUGCCAGGCCUGGCGGCACUCUCUCCUGAGGCCGCCGAGGCAAGCAACGAGGAGGAGAGCGUGGCCCGGGUGUGCGCCGUGACAGCUGGCGUGGAGGUGGAUGUCAUCAUAGACAGCGGGGCCGACAUUUCAGUUGCCCCUGUCAGGCUCAGCUCGGUGGGCCAGAGCGCAAAGGUUGCUGAGAUGGGGGUGGACUUUGGGGUCCCACGACGGAAAGCCAACAAUGGAGAAGGCGAACACCGUGUGGGAAUACGCCUGAGAAGGAACACCCUGAUGAUCACGGCCAUGGUCUCGGCUAUCUCUUCAGCAGCCCCUCCUGCAGGAGUCCGUGCCUUUAGCAGCUUCGACGACCUGGGCCGCCUCCCGGAACCUCUUGAGGAAGUUGCUGCGCGGCCUGGCUGGCACAUUCUCGGAAAUGGGCUGCCAGCUCUGGUGGCACACCGCGUCACAGAGCUUGACCUGGAGCAGAACCUCUGGGACAUGGAGGCCCCCGUUGUCCCAGCAGAGCGUGGCACUGAUGAUGAAGGGGCCGGUGCUGGCCUUGAGGUUGGAGACCUUGAAGCCAUGGCGGUUGACGGCCGGCCGGUCGAAGACGCCCCGGCCAAUGGCGAUGAGGAGCUCGAGGGUGUGGCGCUCAGCGUGGAAACUCCUUUGAAAACUUUGCGCGGCCUAUGUGACAAGCUGGGCCUGUCCCGAAGCGGUGGCAAGGACAAGGUCCUAAAAAGGCUGCGGAUGCAAAGGGAGGUCUUGGAGCAGCGCAUGACGGCGGAGGUGGCCAGGAAGAUGUUUCUCGAGCAGAACCGCGAGCCCGACAUGCCAAAGGCCGACGAGCAGGAGGUUAGCAGCACAAGCCAGCCCGACCCGGUGAUCCAGAUUGACUAUGGAUAUGGCUUCACCAAGCAGAAGCACGAGGGGGCGGAGGUGAAAAUGAGCCCAAUGACGCCGGGACCCAGCCCAUCCGGCCUCACCUUGUUUGCGGCAGAGAGCACCACGGGCUGGAUUGUGGCACUCCCCAUCUUGGAGAAAGGGGCCGGCUCUCUGAAGAGGGUGACGGAAAACCUCACCAGGCUGAGCCUCCAGAUCAGCCCCAGUGAGCCGGUCACCGUGCAGGGCGACCCCGAGCCGGCUGUGAAGCAGGCCCUUGGAGCAGUGAAGUCAUGCAGGGCAAGGCUGGGGUUGGUGACCAACACGCAGCUCAUUGAGAAGGGCAGCCAUGCCAGCAACGGGCGGGUCGAGAAAGCCAUCGACACAAUCAGGCGUUCGGGCCUGACUCUGCGAUGCCACCUGGAAGGGCGGAUCAAGGCAAAGAUCGAGGGCCACAACCACAUCUUUGCGUGGGUUAAUCGCCACGCGGCCUUCCUCCACAACCGGUUCGCCAAUGGUGGCCGUGGCUCUCCCCCGUUCGAAAUCAUGUUUGGAAGGCGCUACCGUGGGAAGCUCCUUCCCUUUGGCGAGAAGUGCAUCUUCUACAAGGGCAGCAAGCACAAAGCAGACGUCCAGUGGGAGAGAGGAAUUUGGCUGGGGAUCAACGAGAGAAAUGGCUCACACAUUUUGGGGACCACGGCCGGAGUGACCGAGUCGAGAAGCAUUCGACGCCUGCCGGAGCCGGAGCAAUGGGAUGCUGAAAUGGUCCUUUCAAUGAAGGGCCUUCCGUGGUCCUACAUGGGAACGGCCCGAAGGAAGAGACCCCUCUACUCUUCUUUAGGCACACGCGUGCCGUUGCUGCCUGACAGCGCCACCUUGGAGGAGAUAGCGAAAGCAGCCGGGAGAGCAGCUGCAGAAAGCAUUGCAGCAGCCACCCCGGUUCCAGCCGUUGGCACUCCAGUGCCGGGCCGGCCGGUGAGCGAGGCCGGGUCCGACCCACCUACUUCCUCAAGCUCUAGCUCGGGAUCCAGCCAAGGGAGCCCAGGACCCAUGAGAGCGACCGGGGCACCAGCAGAAGCAGGCCAAAGCGAGCAGCGGCAGCAGCAACCGAACACACAGCAAGAAUCGACAGGACAGUCGCAUCCAUCGGGUACCAGGCCAGAGCAGAGACGAGAGCAGCAGCAGCAGCCGAACACACAACAAGAAUCGGCAGGACAGUCGCAUCCAUCGGGUCCCGCUGCUAUGUCAGAUGUGGGCAGACCACCUGUGGCACGUGAGGCACCACAACCAGAGGCCACUACUCCUAAGAGACCACGCCUUUUGCUUGACAGACCUGGUGGGGCAACAGGUUCGCCGGCGGCAUCUACACCUAGUGCUUUAUAUCCCCCAGCCUAUGCAGGUGUGAGCCGCGCCGGCAUCAACAUGGUCCAUGGCGACAUCCUUCCAGAGGAGCUUUCGGAUUUUGGCGCUUGGGGCGACGAGGUGAUUGACACCAUGGUGGAGGAAAGCGAGCUUGCCGGAGAGUACAGUGAACCCUGGUGGGAUGAAGAAGGAGAUGCUCCACCGGCGUUGUCAGAAGGCGACCUUAGGGUCGUCGACGCCGAAGCCGACCAGAAGGAGAUCACCCGUCUGAUCCAGAUGGGUGUGGCCCGUUGGCCACAUGAGGGGGAGGACGUGUCCGGGUACCAGACCUUGACAACCAAAGUGGUACGCGACUGGCGUAAGCGUCCUGGCUGGGUUCGGCGCAGCCGCUUGGUCGGCCGGGAGUUCAGAACAAUGGCCGCGUACACCCAGGAGCUCUUCGCACCUGCCUCCACUUUGGCAACGGUGCAUGGAUUCAUAUCCUGGGCGCUCUCGAAGAACCUCCAGCUGACCACGGUUGACGUGAAAGAUGCAUAUCUCAACGUGCCGCAGCCGAGCCCAGUUACCAUAGAGGUUGAGAAAGCAAUGUUUGGGAACAGCGAGCCAGGAACAGUGACGUUGGUUUUGGACCGGCUCCUCCCUGGCCAAAGGAUUGGAGCCGCCGCCUGGUAUGGGUUCGCAAAGGAUAAGUUGGAGCAAGCCAGCCUUGAGGGGUACACCAAAGAGCCCACGCUCUUUAGGAGCACCAAGGAGGGCAGCGACACCGCGAUGAUCCUCCACGCCGACGACGGGCUCCUUGCCUCAACAGCAAAGGGCCGGCAGGAGUUCGAGGAGAAGUUUGGGUCGGCCGUGACGCUCCAAGUGAGCGAGCCCUUGGUGGAGGACGGGGACACCAUCGAGUUCCUAAAGCGCAAGUACGUGAAGACGCCUGAAGGUGUGGCUGUGUACUCGAACCCCAAGUACUUAGCCCUCGGUUCCAAGGUCAAGCCUCGCGACAGCCCGGUCGACAACUCGUUUCUGGAACAGGACGCGAGCAAGGAGCUGGGACCAGCCGAGGCAAAGGUCUACAAAGAGUCGGUCGGAAGGCUCUUGUAUCUGGCCCACUCCCGGCCAGAUGUGCAAUAUGCCGUGUGCAUCCUGAGCUCAAAGAUGAGCUGCCCCACGGCCUUGGCAAUGAAGUGGCUUUACCGCGUUGUGGGAUACUUGGUGGCGACGCCGGAGAUUGGCUUCACAAUCCGCCCGCUGAGGAAUGGAAGCUCGUUUUCCUACGCAGGCGGGGAGCUUCUGUGUGAAAAGAGCGGGCCGUUCAAAGUGGUGCUGGAGAGCAUCACAGAUGCCGAUUGGGGCGGAUGCAAGAGGACGAGAAGGAGCCGGAGCUCAAUGCAGUUCUACGCUGGGGGGUCCGUGAUCGGGUCCGCCGUUCGGACCCAAAGGUCCAUAGCCCUUAGCUCGGCCGAGAGCGAGUUCCUUGCGAUCCUCGGGGGCGCUUGUGAGGUCCUCUACCUGCGGGACUGCAUAGCUUUUCUGGGCAAAGACGAAUUUGAGGUGGAAGUGGUGUGCCGCAGCGACAGCGCAUCGGCGCGCGCUAUCACGCAGCGCCUUGGCUGCGGGCGCGUUCGGCAUUUGCAUGCCGGCUGGCUUUGGAUCCAGGCCUCAGUGAAGGCCCAGGAGCUGUGCGUCAGCCCCAUUGCGGGGGCCCUCAACCCCGCCGACCUGGGGACCAAGCCCCUUUGCGGAAACAGAAUCAGGGAACUGCUCUACACCAUGAACGCCGUCGAGCCGAGCGGCGAGCCCUACGGGAAGAGCGACAAGGAGGCAGCAGAUGAAAAGCGGGCUUUCAGCAAGGCUCUCAAAGCCUUCAGUGACAGCGGUGCACGCGUCAGCAACGUGAAAGCGCUCAUCCCCUUAGUGCUGAUGCUGAGCCAGGUCCCGGGAGCCCAGGGCUUGGGCCUAGCAGGAGCCAGCUUUACAGAUGAUGAGUUGGCGCAGCUGAUGGUUACGCUGGUGAUCGGGGCUGUGGUGGUUUUUGUUUUCUGGGGCAUACCGUUUGCCGCCUACAAGCUACUUAAGUGGAGCUUGGGGCUCAUUUUCCGGAGCAGAGGAACGGCCACCACUGGCACCCAGACAGAGCCUGAGGAGGAGGAGCGGGACCAGCAGCGAACGCAAGCAGUUCAGGCCAACCGGGGCAUGAGCAAAGAGGAGAGGUUGUUUUCAGAGGAGUAUGUAAGGCGGUGUACAGAGCUUGAGGCCCUCUUCGCCGAGAAGUGCAGGAAGGAAGAGGCUUGCUGGCGUGAGCUUGCAGAGCUGAGAGAUGAGAACCGGAGGCAGCGAGAGGCCUUCGAGAGGCUGAGGGCCCGGCGAGCACCAGAGACGGUGCAUGUAGCAAUGAGUACCAGCCCGGGCUAUCUGAUGGUUAAUUCACUGAGUGCUGCUUCUUUGCUAUCUGUCGCUUGUUUAAGGGUAGCUGGAUUUUGCCAUGAGCGACAUGAACUGCUCAAAAAUGUUUGCUUGCGGAUUCGCAAGCUGCCGGUGGCUUGGCAUGUCGGGAUCAAGAUUAUGGUUCGAGAUGUGACCGGAGAUGUUGAAAGGAUGCCGAUUUCGGUGUCGCGAUGGGAAUUAUAUAAGACAGACAGCAACUGA